GGCUUAUGAAACGAGCCGCGGCACAUAUCGAGGUCACUCUGUGUGAGCACUUCCUUUGUCAACAGCCAGUGUCGAGUUUAGCCGUCAACACAAAACAAGCAAACUAGGCUCAACUCAUCUUAUUUGCUCUCUAAUGUGACGCGCAUCACUAAGACUAGAUGUGACUAAGAUUUGAAGCCGGAUGCAGACUGACUGAAACACCUGUCAUCACACACCAGUACAUCCAUGUGUAUAAUUUUCUUCAAGUUUGACCCCCGCCCUGCAUCCAAAAAUGCCUACAGGCUAAUUUUGGCUGCAAACAGAGAUGAGUUGUUCAACCGGCCGUCCAAAGCUGCAGACUUCUGGGGGACAAACAAUGAGAUCCUCAGUGGCCUGGAUCUGGAGAACGGGAAGGAAGGAGGAUCAUGGCUGGGGAUCAGCAAGAGGGGCAAGCUGGCCGCCCUCACCAACUACAUGGAAGGACCACAGAGUCCUGAUGCACAAGGACGAGGCUUCCUUGUGUCUAACUACCUUAUGGAAAAGGACCUGGACAGUUACUCCUACUUGAAAAAGGUAUCGGCAGAAGGCAACCUAUACAAUGGCUUCAACCUCAUCACAGCAGACUUCAAAGCCAAACAAGACACUGUGUGUUACUAUGGAAACAGAGGCGGCCCUGAACCCAUUCAUCUAAAAUCAGCAGGAGUGUAUGGCCUGAGUAACUCCCUGCUGGACACUCCGUGGAAGAAACUGCUGAACGGAAAGCGCCACUUCACCAGCGUUGUCAACAACCAGACCCUGUCCUCUGAAGGACUGGUGCAAGAGCUGCUCAACGUCCUCAAUAACGAGGAAUUGAACACACCUGACCCUGCUCAGGAGAGCCAGGGUGAGUGCUACGGCAGGUCGAUGAUCAAGGCUCUGUCAGCGGUAUGUGUUAGAACACGUGAUUACGGCACAAGGACCAAUACAGUAAUCCUGAUCGACACGGAUGGCAACGUGACGUUCACAGAGCGCACCAUGCUCAACUGUGACCUGAGCAAAUGGAGCACCAGUUCUUACCAGUUCCAACUGGAGGGGUGACGACAUGAUGGCGAGAACUCACUGCGUGCCUUUCUUCAUAACCACCAGUCCCACACAUCCAGCUGAUCUUCAGCAGAUAAACGCCCGUUGUAUGUGAAAUGAAGGUCCAUUUGCACUU